AUGCCCGAGACCACUUCCACCACUCCUUCUUCCCUCGACACCAAGGAAAGCCACCAAACUACAUCAUUCCCUCCUGACAGUCUUACCGUGGACCCCUCUACUGGCCAGUCAAAGCACAAGUGUUAUUGUGCUAUGCACCUCAUUCCUUCAAUCGGGGGAAAGUCUUCAUGGGAGGGCGGUUUGCCAAUGACCAACUUCAGGGGAGCGACUGCGCGAGUACGAUUCAGCGAUAGAGAAUCCACGUUGCUUGAAGAGGGAUGUGCUGGAUCUGCAAUUAAACUCAGCUUCCGAAGUGACGAGCCCGAAGAUUAUGAAGAGGUUAUAGGCGAGGUCACUAAAAGCGAUCUUGAAGUCAUGGGUCUUUGGCCUGCCUAUCGUGACAGCUUCAAAACUGUCACAGGCGUUGAGACCGGCGUGCUCGUUGAUGGAGAGUUUGUCAACGCGUUUCAAGGCGACCCGAUCUUGGAGAUUGACCGCACACGUAUGGUUGAUAGAGAUACAUACCAUGCCGCUCACUAUGAGUUCUGGAUGACGAAUGUCUGGAAAGAGGAACUGCUGGAGCAAAAGGAAUCAGGAGAGUUGGAAUUGUGGUGGUGA